AUAAUAAUAAAAUUCUUGGGAUAAUCAGCCAAAUUCUAGCCCAAUUAGAAGAAGGCCCAGCAGCAGCAAGCAACAUUAUACUUCUCAUUGCAAUAAUCUCACCGCCUCUCUCUCUCUCUCUCUCUCUCUCUCUCUCUCUCUCUCGCUCAGACACCAAAAAGACUCGCGUUCGCGCUACACUCGUUUUUUAAAUGUUUCUCCGAAACGUUACCUUCAAUCAGUGGCAGUGUGAGGUGUUCAGAGUUUAAUUUUAGGUUAGAAAAUGAAGCGGAAGCGAAAGAACAAGAAGGGAAAGCCUAAAGGGUCUGUGGCUGGUGGAAAUGAGGCACUUUCAAGUGGGGUUAUUGUAAAUUUGGAGGAUGAUGCAAAUUUGGAUGAAGAUGGUAAUUACGAGAAUAGAUCCGAGUCUGCAAUGGAGGUUGAUACCCCUUCUUCAACUGGGACUGAUCAACAUUGCAAUCUUGCCAAUAUUAAUCCUGAUGGUUCGAUUGAUAGGGGGGUCGGGAAAUCCAUGGGUAGAGUUAAAGUGAAGCUUAGGACUUCGAGAACAAUGGAAUCUCAGCCUACUUCUUCUGAUGCAUAUACACAAAGUGAUACAGAUAAGAGUAGCCAACAAAUUGGUUUGGGAAAACAAGGUGUGGUUUCUGAGAAAAUGGAGGAUAGUGCCAAUUCAUUGGCCGAAGUAAAAAUUGUUGCUUCUGGGAAUGUGUCAAAGAAAGUUGGGAGUAUAAAGAUUAAAUCAUCGAAGGCGUUGGGGUCUAGUGUUAACCAUGGUAUUGAUCCUGUACCUGCACGGAGUGAGAGUCCGUACGAGAGAGAACCAAAGAUGUCUGAUCAAGAUUCUCGAUAUAAUAAGGAAGAAUUAGAUACCGCACUGAUGAUAAUAAAGAAGGUAAUGAAAAUGGAUGCUGCUGAACCCUUCAAUGUCCCUGUGAAUCCUGAAGCUUUGGGAAUACCGGAUUAUUUUGAUGUGAUAGAUACACCAAUGGAUUUUGGAACAAUAUGCAGCAAUCUUGAACAGGGUGUUAAGUAUUUAAGUUCUGAGGAUGUAUUCAAAGAUGUUCAGUACAUUUGGGACAACUGUUAUAAGUACAACAAUAAGGGUGACUACAUCUUGGAUCUUAUGAGGCGUGUGAAGAAAAAUUUUACAAAAUAUUGGACAGCAGCUGGGUUGUAUAGUGGACAACCAAGAGGAACUAGUGGUGUUGAAAGCACUCAAGAUACUGUGGAACCAUCUGAUCAGGGAAAAGUACAUCUUAAAGGUAGCCAAUUAAAGCAGAAAACACGAAAGGGUCAUGGAAGGCGUCAUAAAUCCGAUUGUUUAUGUGCUAUUUGUGUUCUAAAGCGCCGUAGAAGGGAGCGUGAGGAGAAUGCUCGAAUUGCAAAGAGCCAGCACGGAGCUAGUGACAAUAACCUUACUCAUGAGUUAAAGCAAGAGGAAGCUUCACUUGGGGAAAGCCCAUCUGGUGAGAAUUCCUCUUCCGAUAUGGAUGGAUCAUUGGACCCCAAUCCUGAUGCUGAGGUAGAAGACAAAGGAGAAGAGGUGAAAAUGGGGGUAUCCAAACAGCAGUAUGGCCCUUCAGGGGAGAAGCACGAGGAAGAGGAUGAUGGUGAUGAGGGGGAUGAGGAGGAAGACAGUGACACAGAGAUGAAAGAUGAAGGUAAUAGUGAAGCACUAGAGAAGUUUGACAAAUCAAGAGAGGAGCCUAAUAGACAAUCACAACCAAUAACAGCGGAGAAGGUUGCUGCUGGAGACCAAACUAAUAGAAAUGAAGAGAAUGUGGUGAUCCAGCAUGAGGAAGAAACUGUAGCAGAUAAACCUAAGUCGCAGGAAUCACAAGAGAGGCAUAAGAAAGUUAAAGCCUAUGAACACUUGCAAUUUGAAAAUCCCAUGCUUUUGGAUCUAUGUGGGACUCUCUUCCCUAACAAUAGUAAGUCUAUCUGGAGUGGUCCCCAUUCACUGGUUCAGCAUCGCAGCUCUCAUACCAGUUCCAUUCACGCAGCUAUUAACAUGCUCAUGAAGUAGUUCCCAUCCUAAGUGCCUGCUCAUGAGUGUUUAAUCAUUACCUAUGUGUAAUCUCAAUCGAGCAACGGAUGGAACUCAGCUUUAUGGACAAAUUGCCUAUAUUGCAAUCUUCCAUUUCCGGUGAUUCUCUACUUCUGUUCUGGUUGUGUUUUGGGGAGUAAAGAGAUUUUACCAUUGUAUAUUUUGGUCAGUUCUUUGUCAACAGAAAGGGAAGGGUUUAUGGUUCUUUCCCAUAAAGGGUGACAAAAAGCAAGCCAUAGAACUUGUACUUUAUUUAGAUAUGUAGUAGCAAGUUACUUCAAGGAGUAUCUGGAAAUCCCCGUUUCCUUUGUAUAUGUAUAUUUAUUUGACAUCGUUUGGCUCUCCAUCCAGUGGUUCUAAUAAAGCAAAUUAAGUGGAAUCAGAAUGUAGACAUUGUUUGUUUGUA